CUUGCAGGCAGACGCCAGGAUUGCGCUGUCUGCUGGGAUCUGCCCAGUCUUUCCCGGGUGUGCGGGGUGGAACGCAGUCCCAGCGCCUGGGGGCCGUUGGGCGAGGGCCGCACCGGCAGGAUGGUGUGUGCUCGGGCGGCCCUCGGUCCCGGCGCGCUUUGGGCAGCUGCGUGGGGAGUCCUGCUGCUCACCGCCGCGGCGGAGGCGCAGCGCGGCCGGAAGAAGGUCGUGCACGUGCUGGAGGGGGAGUCGGGCUCGGUGGUGGUGCAGACAGCGCCGGGACAGGUGGUCAGCCACCGGGGUGGCACCAUCGUCUUGCCCUGCCGCUACCACUAUGAGGCAGCCACCCAUGGCCACGACGGCGUCCGCCUCAAGUGGACCAAGGUGGUGGACCCGCUGGCCUUUGCCGAUGUCUUCGUGGCGCUGGGCCCCCAGCACCGAGCGUUUGGCAGCUACCGCGGGCGGGCUGAGCUGCAGGGCGAUGGGCCCGGCGACGCCUCCCUGGUUCUCCGAAACGUCACGCUACAGGACUACGGCCGCUAUGAGUGCGAGGUCACUAACGAGCUGGAGGAUGACACGGGCAUGGUCAAGCUGGACCUGGAAGGGGUAGUCUUCCCUUACCACCCUCGUGGAGGCCGCUACAAGCUGACCUUCGCCGAGGCUCAACGCGCGUGCGCUGAGCAGGACGGCAUCCUGGCGUCGGCUGAGCAGCUGCACGCGGCCUGGCGCGACGGUCUGGACUGGUGCAACGCGGGCUGGUUGCGCGACGGCUCGGUGCAGUACCCGGUGAGCCAGCCCCGGGAGCCCUGCGGCGGCCUGGGCGGGGCCGGGAGCGCCGGGGCUGGCGGCGGAGCCUCCGGAGGUGUGCGCAACUACGGCUACCGCCACAACGCAGAAGAACGUUACGAUGCUUUCUGCUUCACGUCCAACCUCCCGGGGCGCGUGUUCUUCCUGAAGCCGCUGCGGCCGGUGCCUUUCUCCGGAGCGGCGCGCGCGUGCGCGGCGCGCGGCGCCGCUGUAGCCAAGGUGGGGCAGCUGUUCGCCGCGUGGAAGCUGCAGCUGCUGGACCGCUGCACCGCGGGCUGGCUGGCGGACGGGAGCGCACGCUACCCCAUCGUGAAUCCGCGCGCGCGCUGCGGCGGCCGCCGGCCGGGUGUACGUAGCCUUGGCUUUCCCGACGCCUCGCGCCGCCUCUUCGGCGUUUACUGCUACCGCGCGCCUGGCGCACCGGACCCCGCCCCUGGCGGCUGGGGCUGGGGCUGGGCUGGAGGCGGCGGGUGGGCCGGAGGCGCCCGAGACCCCGCCGCGUGGACCCCGCUGCGCGUCUAGGCCUGGGCCGUGGACCGCGGGGGCGCUUGGCGGCUGGCCGAGUGCCCUGCAGCGUGGACUGACCGCACACUUGGAGACUGGCCAUACCCCUUGUGGUGCCCUGCAAGUUGACCAGACCUCCUGCGGUCCUUAACCCCUGGCCGCACCCUCUGAGGUCCCCAGAGUCUGGCCAGUUCUCAGAGCCAAGUCCCUUGGAGUCCCCUGGAGAUCAACCAAGCCCUACCUUUUCUGAACGGUGGAUUGGGUCUCCUCUCCCAACUUUCCCCAGGAGAUGAGGCACACCCUCUGAGAAUCCCUGGAGCCCAACAGACUCUGAGGUCUCCUGAACACUGGACACGUCUCCGGAAAUCUUCUGGAACUUACCCCAUGGUCGCCUGGAGGCUGGACCCCCGGGAUUAUCUGGAGACUGGCCACACGUCCUAUGCAUCUCCCCAGAGACUGUAGACUGGUCCCCUAAGGCCACCUGGACACUGAGCCCUCCUACCUACCAUCUGUAGAGAAACCAGAAACCUCUGAGUUCGUCAGUUGACCACACGGCCAUGGUCACAUGAACACUGUGGGCUCCUGUCCUCCUCCCUAGGGUAACCUGGAGAUUGGUUACUCCCAUUCUCUCCCUUUCUCCCACGAGUCCCCCAAAGUUUCCAGAAUAACAGGUCAUGUCUCCAGGUCACUGUGGAGAACAAUCCCACCCCUUCAGUUCCAGGGGAGACCACCCCACCCUCGUCUGUCACCGUUAGCACAGGUUCACAUGCCCCAGCUGACUCGCAUGACGGGGUGCCCGUGGCGCGUCCCUCAGAUUCUGAGGGAGCAAGUCUGCCUUUACCUGAGGGCCCCUUUCCUAGCCGUCACCUAAGAGACCAUCUCCCUGGCCCAGGGACCCAUAAAAUCCAUGUCAUUUGCUAUGGAGACACAUUGCCCCGCUUCCCCUCGUUACCAAGGCGACCAGCCCAGCUUCCACUGUCACCUAGAGUCACACAGCCCUUCCUUCACCAGUCGCACCCCUGGAAUCAGCGCCUCCCUCCUCCAGCUGUAACCAUGGAUACCACACGUUUCCCGUCUUACCCGCCUUCACCCCAGAGACCUACAGCUUCACUCCCACUGUCCUCGCCCUGACCAACAGCCAAGGAGACCACCCUCUCCUCUAACUGUCCUGAGGUUCCCCAGCUCUCACCAUGGAAACAGGCUGCUCCUUUCCGCGGGCGCCCCAGCUCCCUGCUCCUCUCCAGGCUCCGCUCCCAAGCGGCUUGGACCCCGCAGCUGCUGCCAGGCAGACUAAACUCCGACGUCUGAGAGAACAGAACACCUGUCCCCUUAGGCUUUCUCUUGUAGGUAGGGCCCGCCCCUCCACAUCGUCACCAUAGAGGCUGUCAGCGUCAUCUCCGUGACAACUGACUUCCCAGUCCUCAGGAACUUCUUACCGUGGGCCGGAACUUGCUCCAUAGGGAUUAAUGGCUGCCCCUUUCACCACUGGGCCCAGCUCCAGGCGGACUUCUGGAGCUGCUGGAUACCCUCCGUUUGCACGCUAACUACAUCCCAGACGACAGCUGUGCACGAGAUAACCUUGCAACAUCCAGAUGAGCAAAUGAGACCCUGGUGUGCCCCAGCCCUUUGUUCUGUGCAAGCGCGAGGCUCUUUUCCUCUCCGAGACCACAUCCCCAUUCUCCCUGACGUCCUCUCUCCUUUUCUAACCCCCCUACCCCCACAUUUCCCUUCUUAGAGAUCCAGGAGAGGUGGAAUUGUCUGUAAACCUCAAAAUCCACUCUGAACUCCAGGUUCUAAGGGGCGAUUUGUGUUAACAAGUCAGGACCCAGUCAAACUCCGCAGUGUUAAUAGCUCACUCAGGGAGACUGUCCAUGAACAAGGCCACCCCAGCUGUUGGAGACCCCAGUUUCGAGGUCGUGCCUGGAGUAGCGCUGGGGUCCUUCCUGGAGCCCUCCUAUUGUCACAUCCAUCUCCAGGAAACUUGUCUGUGGGUUUGGGGACCAGGUGUGCCUGAGUUUGAAUUCUGCCUCUGUGACCAAGUGAUGAAACCCCUAAUAUUGUUUCCUCCUCUGUACCAGGGCUGUUUUUAAGGUCCCAGUGAGUGCAAAGUGUUACAGCAGGGGCUCAAUAAAUCUUUUUUUUUUUUUUU